AGGGAAGUAGGCAAGUGAAAGUUUGCAUUAUCAGCAGUGGUAAGAAAAGCUGAUCACACACUCAUCUGGACAGGCAGUUUAACACACUUCAGUGUGAUUCUGCCAACGCUCACCAACUGCUGAGUUAUCGCUUCAGAUACAUCAACAGAGCACUGGUGAACCUGAGAAACUUCUAUCAGUGAACAACUCCACUGAAGGAACCCCAACACAAACACAAGAAGUGCAGAAGUAAAAGCAGACCAUGGACAGCAAUGAUGUCUUCAACACCACCCCAACUACAUAUUGGGAUUAUGAUGAUGAUGAUUAUAUAUUUUAUAUUCCAUAUUAUUAUCAAAUUAUUCCCCCUUAUCAUACUUCUCACUAUACAUAUUUUAAUCAAAUCAGACUCUCCAUCUUCAGCAUCGUGGCUGUGUGUGUGGGGCUGCCGUGUCUGAUUUGGGCUUUUUACUCUGUGCACCUUCAGAGAAAAGCAAGUGGUCGGGUCUCAGCCUUCAUCAUCCUCCUCCUCCUAAAUGACCUUCUGCAACUGCUCCUCUAUACAUACAUAGUGUCAUAUCUACUGUCUUUUGUUUCUUCUGACCACCACUUGAUAACGGUAUCUGCUUGUCUGAAGAUCAUUGGCCUUUACCUGCAGUCGCUUGUGGCUCUGGAGGCGGCUCUGACUGUGAAAUAUCCAAGGAUUUCUACUCGCAUGUGCUCAUGGCCUUGUUACAUCAUCUCCAUCAUCAUACUUCUUAUUCUUGUCAUGUUUGUUUUUGGAGUAGUUUUCGGUGGUCCAUCUGUUGGUGUUGUGUGCUGGUAUCUCACAUUUGGCUCAGUUCUGCUACCUGCAUGUUUAUUGGUUGCCACAGGUAUAAUCAUCUACAAAGCAUCGCCCACUGCUCCCGGCACACCUGUCACUGACUCCAGACCAGGUGCAGUGGUGUUUGCUGUAUCUUUAUUUACAUUACUUGUGCUCUAUUUACCAAGUGUGAUGUUCCUCUUGUUGGAGAUCCUCGAUCACAAGUCUUGGUUGAUAAUGACAGUAUGUUUGUUAAGCUUUACAGUCAUUUCCGAGCCUCUGCUGUGUGUGCUGGUCUGCAGACAGAAUCUCAGUGCUCAGACAAAACAGACACGCAUAGAGUUCAACUCUGAGCAGACAUCAGUCUGAACUCAACACCUGGCAGGAUUAAUUUCUAACAUUUAAGAAAGAAAAAAUAUACCAAUUUGUAGUAUCAUAACAUUAUUUGUAGUCAUUUUUAUUUGGCUGAAGUUUAGUUUUUGUUCUUCUUAUACUGUACAAACUGCAUUUUCUAUUGCCAUACACCUUACCCAAUCCUUUAACCCAACCCUCAUUGGAAACUGUGCAUGUCUACUGUCUGAAAAGAAAAAACAACAACAAACACUUUAAUCCCUGCUUCAUAAGCCUUUAGAAAAACAGGAUAUGGGAUAUUUUCUUUUAGCACAAACACACACAUAACACAUGUUGGGUUUCCGCGUUUUAUGUCUGAUAACUUCCUAAAUUACAAAGGACACUCUUAAAGAGCUCCAGUGUUUCUCUAUGGAGAGAAGAUCCUUCCAGAAGAACAGCAAUUUUGACAGCUCUUCACCAAUCAGGACCGUAUGGUAGAGUAGUCAGAUGGAGACACAUGACAGAUGCUUGACCAUAAGGCACCUGAAGGACUCUCAGAGCAUGAGAAAAUAUUUGGAUGAAACAAAGAUUGAAUAUUUGUCUGGAGGAAACCCCAACAGCCAAUAUAAUAGAGCAGUGUCUAUGGGAUGACCCUUUUUAAUGUCAUGGAGUGGCCCAGCAUGAGCCCAAACCUGAACCCCAUUGAGCAUCAGUGAAGAAAUCUGAAAAUUGAGAACUGUGGAAAUAUAAACGUAUAUAAUCUAGUUUCAAAUGAACAAUAAUCUACAUAUAACUGAAAAUUUAUAUGCUUUGGUUCUUUCUGACUACUGGCUAAGCCAAAGUGAUCUAAAUGCUCCGGACAGGCUUUUAACGACUCUGCCUUUGUCUUCGUGUGAUACUUUCAGGCCUAAGAAACCCCUUUUGUUGAUUAACUUCUGUCGUCAGUACCUUGGCAGGUUUUUAACACCUACUGUAUAUGCCAGUUAUCAUGCUGACUCCAAUACUGAACUUGCAUGACUUGAUUAGCCAUCUCCCCUCCUCCUAAGAAGACGUUAUAGACAGGACAUCUUUAUCUUAAUUCAGACUUGUGAUAAAACUCGCUGACUGCAGACCUCCAAAAGGCUCCUGCAGACACAUGGACUUCUUGAAGACUGCAGAUUAACCAACACAUCUCAAUCAAGGAAUUCUGCUUGUUUAGAAUCUCCUAGACUGGAUUUUCUUCUCUUUUUCACUCAUUUAUUUUUUAUAACAGAACCAACAAUCCUCAUCCAACCUAAUGGAGCUUGAGAAGAACUGCCCCAAAAUUGCUGCGCCAAGCUUGUAGCUUUAUAGACUCAAGUCUGUAAUUGGUGUCAGAGUUGCUUCAAAACUUUUUUUGAGUAAAGGCUGUGAAUGCUUAUGUACAUAUACAUUUUUUAUCUUCUUUUAAAAUGUAUAAAAUUGUAGAUUUCAAACAAACUUUUUUACAUUGU